UCCGCGCUGGGAUAUAUAAGCCCGCGGGUCUGCUGUGCCACAGCGCGAGAUGGAGCAGCGCGAGCUCACGCACUCUUGAACAUUCGAGAGAUCAAAGUCUGUUUUUAACCAUCACUAUUUUAGAGAGCACCUCUCAUAUUUACAGUAGCUCUAGUGCACGUGCAGCUGUGUUUGUACGCGGCGCAGUGAGCGCGGAUGUGUCGCUUUAUAUAGUGCGCCGUGUGAGGUAUUUUUGUGUGAUUUUCGCGUUCGUAUUUACUCACAGCGCGAGAAAGGCGGAGAAACGAUCGCGCUUAGUAGUGUGUGUGUGUGUGUGUGUGUGUGUGUGUGUGAGGUAACGUUCGUGUGUGUUUGUGUCGGAUAGGGGAGGGAGCUUUUGGGUCUCGCGUUUCUCUCGCAUUAUUCAUAGGCAGUGGAGGAUCCUCCUAGGGGCGGAGUUAUUAAAUGAGCAAGGCGUGGCGGUGUUAGAUGAGUGACAGAUGUAACACGUGGGUCACAAGCACAUUAAUGCAGCUAAAACUACACUGACUGUAGUCAAGAUCCACACGGUCGCAUUACAGGCUGAUGGAUGUGGGCCGUGAUGUCCGUUCAGAGUGAGCUUCCGGCCGCCGGCGGGGGGAGUUUGCACGCCCACCCUCCGCCCAUCGCCAUCCAGGAUGAGGUGACCGCUAACAUGGUGCUAACCGAACUCACCGCCAAUCACGUGACGCCCCAGGAAGGGCUCGGCGAGCAGAUCAAAAACGGCCUGCAGUCGCGAGGCGAGACGACCCAGCUGCAGCUGCAGUCGCAGAAACUGAACAAGCGGCGCUACAGCAUGAGCGUCGGGUUCAAACACCCGAGUCUCAGCAAACGCCGACGCCGCGCCAACUCCGAAUGCGACCCCGUGCUGCCCUCCAACUUCCUGCUGGGCGGGAACAUCUUCGAUCCGUUGAACCUCAACAGCCUGUUGGACGAGGAGGUCAGCAAGGCGCUCAACGCCGAGACGCCCAAGUCGUCGCCGCUUCCCAGGAGAAACAGAGACCCGGUGGAGAUCCUGAUUCCUAAAGACAUCACAGACCCUCUGAAUUUGAGCGGGUGCGGCGGAGACGCCGCUACGGGCGUUUUGGUGUCGCCCUUGAAGAACAGGCGAAGACAUCGCAACCGGCACCAUCCGACCGGCGAGCCUUCGGACGGCGAGAAGGUAAAGGUCAACGAAGGGGCGGCGUCGGGCCCGCUGUUUCCUGUCGUUAGUUCGGCGCCUGAAAAGCUCGUGGAGGAGUCGCCGCGCCCUUACGAACUCAACACGUCAAUCAACUGCCGUGACGAAGUGGUGCCGCCCAUCCUCCCGCCGCGGCGACGGUCACACCCCUCCUCGUCUAGCUCCGCCCCUCAGGCGCAGCCGUCCAAACACAGGAAGCGCAGACGAACCUGCAGCCGUUCGGACCGCCUGUCCAUCACGCCGACUCCGCCUGUCAGCCAGACGUUCCACACUCCGGUGGUGGGCGGGGUCUGCGGAGCCCCGCCUCUGAGGGCGGAGAAAACUCCGCAGCAGAAGCGCAGGACGCAGCGCAGCUUCCAGUACGGAAGCUACAGCCAUUAUUACGGUUACCGCACGCCGUCGCUGACCUCGGACCCGCGCCUGGUCGUGUUUAAACCCGAGUGGUUCCGCGGGAAAAAAGUCCUGGAUGUGGGCUGCAACACGGGUCACGUGACCCUCGCCAUCGCCAAAUACUGGAGCCCCGAGCGCAUCCUGGGCGUGGACGUCGACGACGCGCUGGUGCAGGUGGCCCGACAGAACCUGCGCUACUUCCUGUCGGAGCUGCGCGGAUUGGACGAGAGCGGCAGGAGCCGGUCAGGUGAGGGGUCAGAGGUCGAGGCCGGAGGUCAGCUGGGGUUAGCGCCUCUGAUGGGCCUGCAGCUGGACCACAGUCUAGCGUUACGCAGGUUUCCCGUCUCCUUCACGCGCUGCCGUGGACCCAUCGCCGCACCUCCCAUAAUGCCUCACGUCCCGGGUGUGUUUCCUUCCAACAUCCACUUCCUGAAGGGCGACUAUGUGCCGGACAGUGACGAGGCGGUGGCGUCCCAGUGUGCCGAAUACGACGUCAUCCUGUGUCUGAGUUUGACCAAGUGGGUUCAUCUGAACUACGGUGACGCUGGGAUCCAGAGACUGUUUCGGCGCAUCUACAGACACCUGUCACCUGGAGGAGUGCUGAUCCUCGAACCACAGCCCUGGAGCUCAUACAGCCGCCGCAAGAGACUCACGGAGGUGACGUACAGGAACUACAGGAGCAUCAGACUGAAGCCGGAUCAGUUCAGCUCCUUCCUGACGACUGAUGUGGGCUUCAGCAGCUACGAGCUGAUCGGGACGCCCCGCAGCGGCCCUAAUGGACUUCAGAGGUCAAUUUACCUGUUCCAUAAAGGCCCCGCCUCCAGCAGGAAGUGAGGCAGCCGGCGUUGGAGUCGUGAUGUGAUCUUCUGAUUGAACGCAGACACUUGUGGUUUUGUAGCGUUGUGCUUCUAAGGUUUGUUUCUUCCUGUGCCCUAUGGAGGGAGCGCCGGACUACUUCCUGUUUGCUCCGUUCUGAACUCUUAUGCGUGCCAGAGUUUGCUGCAGCGUUGACUGUUUGACCUCUGACCUCAGACCGGCUGUGAGUGGUGGCUGGUUCGGUCACAUGGACGUCCGUGUGUUCAUCUGUACGUUUGAAUCGACGACACAGACUGAGUGACGUUUCCUAAUUCUAACGAACACACACGUGAACGCUCUCGUACGCGCGCGCGUGUGUUCAGGACGCUCUUCGUGGCUUCGUUCCGCAGCUGACUGAGGUUCAUAUCUGAUAUUUUUGAUCUGAGCCGCUUCCACAUGCGAAUAAAUCUGAUGUGUUUCUGAU